UUGGCAACACUAUUGCAUGAGUUUUGGUGAAUUGCAUUUAGCACCAAAUAAAAAAACUGAGCGGUACAACUAUUAACACGAUAUCCAAAUAUCUUUUCUGUUCAUUCCGAAAUGGAUCUCCCCGCAAGCCAGGCCGACAAGCUGGCAUCCAAGGCGGCAAGCAGUAACUCACUGGACAGCAGCUCCAAGUCAAGUUCCUUGGGCUCUAAGCAUGGUGGCGGAGAGAACGGCGUUCUGCGGGACACGCCCUUUAGUUACUUGGCCGGCGAGGAGGACCAGGACCAAAAGAACGACGUUACCUACGUGUGUCCCUACCGCGGGCCAGUGUUCGGGGCACUGACCAUCACCAACUACCGCCUGUACUUUCGGUCGCUCCCUCUACGGGAUCAGGAGCCGCCCGUGGUUGUGGACGUGCCCCUGGGUGUGAUAGCGCGUUUAGAAAAGAUUGGUGGUGCCACGUCACGAGGCGAGAACUCAUACGGCAUAGAAAUAUUCUGCAAGGACAUGCGCAACCUGCGCUUCGCCCACAAGCAGCAAAAUCACUCGCGCAGGACAGUGUUUGAAAAGCUGCAGACGAAUGCUUUUCCACUCUCGUACAGUGGACGCCUAUUUGCUUUCGCCUAUUCAGCGGCCAACUCAGUAAACGGAAGCGUUGGAUGGGAUGGAUGGUCAGUGUAUGAACCGCUGGCGGAGUUGCGGCGCCUUGGCGUUCCCAACGAUAUGUGGCGGGCCACCAAACUAAAUGAGUCGUUUGCCAUUUGCGACAGCUAUCCGGCCGUGUGGGCUGUGCCCAAGGCGGCAUCUGAUGAUUUCCUGAGGCGCGUUGCGCAGUUUCGCUCGCGUUGUCGCUUGCCAGUGCUGUCCUGGAUGAAUCCCCGGACCCAAGCGACUAUUACUCGUUGUUCCCAGCCUCUGGUUGGCGUAAGUGGCAAACGAAAUUCAGACGACGAGGCCUACUUAAGUUUUAUUAUGGAAGCAAACGCUCAAUCAGAUAAAUUGACCAUCAUGGACGCGCGGCCCAGCGCCAAUGCGAUUGCCAACAAAGCCAAAGGCGGUGGCUACGAGUCAGAGGACGCUUACAAAAACGUAGAAAUCAACUUCCUUGACAUUCAUAAUAUACAUGUAAUGCGGGAGAGCCUACGCAAGGUAAAGGAGGCUUGUUUUCCCACUACCGACGACUCAAAGUGGCAGACGGCUAUCGACAACACACUAUGGCUAAAGCACAUUCGGUGCAUCCUAGCUGGAGCAGUCAGAAUCGUGGACAAGGUGGAGACCAUGAGUACUUCCGUGGUAGUACACUGCUCCGACGGCUGGGAUCGCACGGCCCAACUGACGGCGCUUUCUAUGCUGCUCCUCGAUCCCUACUAUCGCACUUUGCGCGGUUUCGAGGUACUUAUCGAGAAGGAGUGGCUCUCUUUCGGCCACAAGUUUCAGCAGCGCAUCGGUCACGGUGACAACAAGCACUCUGACGCGGACAGAUCCCCAGUAUUUCUACAAUUUAUCGACAGUGUGUGGCAGGUCAGCCAGCAAUUUAACAAUGCCUUCGAGUUCAACGAGCACUUUCUAAUAACAGUCGUGGAUCACUUGUACUCGUGCCGAUUCGGCACCUUCCUUUGUAACACGGAGGCCGAACGUGUGUCCGAAGAUCUUAAACACAAAACAACAUCUUUGUGGACGUAUAUUAACUCUUCCUUGGACCAAUAUUUGAAUCCCCUGUUUCCCUCAUUCACGCACGGGGCUGAGCUGGUACUGCGCCCCAUCGCCAGCGUACGGUCUGUUCGCUUGUGGAAGGGCCUAUAUUGUCGAUGGAAUCCAGGUCUUAACGUCCCCAAGCAUGGCUGUCAGCGAACUCGCGAGUUGCUCUCUAAGCAGGACCAGCUCUUUAAACUCGUCAAUGAGUUGCGGCUCAAGUCCAACAACCGCAGCAAUAGCAUGCAAACAACCACUCGACUGGCCUCGCCUAUGCACUAACCGGAUUUUAUACUUUUUUCCUUCACAUUUACGCAAAAAUAUAGUAAAUGUGACCUUAGGUCCGAUUUCAUAUACAAAAAAUAGAAUAGAUAUGUAUACAAUCUUAUUAGAAAAUCAUA